GGAAUUUAAAAUUAUGUUUUUACUGUAUAAAUUCCCAGGCUAGUGUUUCGGCCAGACAAAGUAUUUGGUAUGGUAACGUAAGACAUAAAAAAACAACUAAAUAUAUUAAAUUAAUUUCUGUCUCUGUUGUUAUUUUUUGUUCUAGACUCGAGACCAUAAUGACGCAAUCAAACAGCACCCGCGUCGUUUGAAACGUUCGCCCGUUGUUAACUUCGUUUUCGAUACUGCGUCUUCUUAAAAUGACGGAAGACUUGUUGUGAGAUAAGUCUGCUCUAGCAUUUAUUCAGAUACGACAAGUUUGCCUGUUUAAGUUUAAACGCGUCGCCAACAGCAGCAAGAAAACGUUUAUUUAGCCAACCAAUAUUUAGCUAACAAGCUAACAUGACAUCCGAUGGUGACAGGAGCCAAACGGCGUCUGUCUGACUGGCGACGGGUCACAGUAACUCCCCACAAUGGAGGAAGACUCGUCUCGUUCUCCAGUGGUGGCUGGUGUUUCUCAGGUGUCCUUCCUCCAGAGGACGCUGGAGCGGUUGUCUUCUACACAGAGUCUGAAGCUGAGCGCCGAGGACGAGGCUCCCGUAGCUGUCAUUGCACUUCAGCGGUACUUAUCCGAGCACAGCGACGAGCAGCAGCAGGAGCUCCACAACUACACCUACGAUGUGACGGUCACCGAUGGAGCCUGGCGGGCCAAGUGCUUCGUUCACCCCUGUUUAAAUCACCUGGUGCUGGCCAACACCCUGAGGACCGGGGCCGACGUCAGCGUUACGCAGUGCUCGUUCGUGUACAACGAGAGGAGGCUGGGACACGGUUACAUCUGCAUUGAAAAGCUCAGGUGUGGCGCGGAGACGUCUGUCGUCCUGCCCCGCGUGAACGACGUCAGUUCCCUGCCCAUGCUGAUCAAGCACGGCAUGGAGGGGAGCGUGCUGCUGCACAGCGACGUGCCCCUUCAGGUGAGCCGCAAACACUACCUGUCUCUGUGGAACAACGACGACCCAGAGGGAGACGUCUGGACCUCGGGCUCGUCCUCAUCCGACACGGUGCUGGACGUGUCCAAGAUUACUCUUCUUUCCAGUCUGGAGUCGUGCUUUCGAAGCACAUGGAAACCUCUUCCUCUCCUCGUGAAGAUCAUACACAAAUCCAGAUUAAGAUAUUACGGCAAGUUUGGGCUCAAGAUCGAUUAUCCUUACCAGGCAUACUUUGAAGUUGCUGACCAGAGUGGCACAAUGUCCCUUGUGCUUUGGAACGAACUUUGUCCAGAGUUUUACCAGAGACUGAACGUAGGCACAGUGUUGUACCUUCAAAAUUACACCCUGAAGCAGAGUUACUCCAACCGCUCGCGCCCACAAAUGGACCAUCACAGACUGAAGACCUUUAACUCUAUAGAGAUCUGCCUCAACCCUCGCAACCCAGCGUCGGUCAUCACGGUGGUGUCACCAAAGAGCGUUCUGCCUCAGUGGGGGUUACCUGAGGUCGCCUACCUGUUCACCCCCAGAUCAGAGUUGGAAAAGUUAGUCAACAACUCAGCAUGUGACGUGAUCGGUUUGGUAACAUUUGUUGGUCGUGUUGAAAGGGUCAAGAGUAAAGGGAACAAGGGUCCAGAGAAGUACUGGACGUAUCGCUGGGUCCACGCCAUGGACGGGACGUCCCAUCAUCCUUUCAUCCUGGAGAUUUUUUCUUCUUCUCAACCAGAAAUCUUCAAUUGCAUAUGCCCAAUGACCUACCUGGUUUGCACUCAGAUGAGGGUUUGUCAAGUGGAGGGUUCCUCGCCUUACCUCACAAGCAGCUGUGAGACAGAGACGUUCAUUACAGGCUACCACAAAAGUAAACCAUAUGUGAGUGACCCCAGGGUGAAGAGCUUCAUCCAGUGGACCAAAACUCUGAAGGACAACGUCGUCCUCCAGAAGACUGCUGUCGGCGGCCAUUAUUGCUUCCCUCGCCCCCCAAAGAUCUUUACACAGUCAGCGACAGAUGCCUCAGCACACGUUUCCCUGGUCGCUGCGGCCGACUUGAAGAAGGAGUUGAAGACGCUGCAGUACAGGGAACAUAAACAACUGGCAAUUCAAGGACAGAUCACGGCAGUGCGGUACAUGAGAACCCCAAAGACCACAGCGUCACAAGGAACACAAGAGACAGGGGUUCCUGAUGUUUCCACUGAUGUGUGUUUACCAGACACACACCAUCACUCAGCAGCUGAGCAGACGUUAUGUCCAACAUCUCUCUCUGCUGAGAAAAUCUCAGGGAGCGGAAGAAAGAGAAGAGUACAAACGAGAAAAGUCACGCAGGCCUCCUCGGAUUGUGAUGGGGCAGCAUCUAAAAGAGCUGGACUCGAAAAACCAGGGCCCAGACGAGAGCAGGAAGAAAAUAACAGCAACUCUGAAUCGGAGGAGGAUCAGGAUGUGGAACAUAGUCUGCAAUUACAAAAUCCAAAUCAAGACUCUGAUGUUUUAUCUUGGGAAAGCAGCAGCUGGCCGAGGCAAAGACGAGAAGUGUCUGAACAUUUGCGUCACGGUGGCUUGUUCCAGGACAGCAUCUCUCAGAGGUUCACGUUCGAUGCGAAGAUCGUCCUCCUGCAGCGGAGCAACCUCCAGCCAACACACUGGACGCCAGAGCAGAACGCUGACACCAUCCCUCCCGUGGCUUGUCCAGGGUAUUACCAAGUGACAAUAUUAGGCAUAAACAAGCAGAUAGCCGUCGAUGCUGCAUUUUUCCCCAUUGUGAGUGCCGAUGAGCCCAGGGCUGUGGGUCUUCCUCAGGAUCCCCACGGCAACACGAUGCUGUCCUGCCUCUCGUCGGGCUUCCUCUGCCCCCUCAGCGUCACAACCAGCCACGGUGACUCUGCUCUUCCCAAGCCAGAGGAGAUCUUGGCGACUGCCGGCGAGCUGGAGGAGACGCACGUCGUGUGCAUCCUGGACCUUUGUCAUCUGGGUGGAGACGAGGUGGAGGUCCUGCUCAACAAGGUCUACAGAGUGACGGAGGUUUCUCUCAGCUAAUGGCUACAGAAGAGCAAGUGUUAAUUUCUCUUCUAAAUGUUAUUCAUAACGUACAUUAAUCAUGUCAGUUGAACGUUAUUUUGCAAAGAGAGAGCAAAGAAAAUCUGACCUGCACUCGUUUAACACGUACAGUCAGUGUCGCACAAUUAAAUUGUGCUCUUAGAUUUUGAAUAUAGUGAAAGGUACAUUUAGUACAUAAAAUAUUAAUAUUUUUUUACCAUCAGCAUUUAACUGUAUAUUCACUGUGACUGACUGAUGUUGCUUAGACCACAAAUAAAAUGUGAGUUUAAUACAAA